GUCGAUACUUAAAUGCAGAAUGUCUCUUUUUUACCCAACCAAAUUUAUAUUCCACAGAGUGUUACUGUUUGAGACCUCUAACAAGUAGCAUCAGACGCACUGUUUGUAGUUUUGAAGAGGCAGCUGGAUCCUGAAAGGAAAUCACACUAUUGAUCAACCAACUUGUAAUCCCUGUUGACAAAGUUAUGAAAUUGGAUCAUGAAUGUUUUGUUAACAGGUACUCAGUUUGUUUUCAAGGUUGGCUAAAAUGAGAUCAGUAAGAUGUGACAAAUGAAUUGGGCUGUGGGCGCUAAUUGUUACUUACUUCGGGCUGUUCUCACACAUGGGAAAAACUGGGACCUUGUCAGUGAGUCAUUAAAAACGUCUUGCAAGACGUUCUUGAAAGAUGAAAAUAUACAGGAUCUUUCAAAACAAAGUUGUUCGCUUCAGUAUAAAUAUAUUAUUGCAUCCGCACGUCAAAGAAAUCCAGGCGAUUUAACAGAGAGCCAACUCUUAAACAUUUCACUAGACCAUUAUACUACGUUGAGACGUGAGCAGUUGCAUGCUGCUCGGUUGGAGAUCUUGCGGGCUAUGAAGAUUGAGGAAGAGGAUGCGGAGAAGUUGCGACAAGGUCGGUAUUCUGAAAUUCCUCCAGACCGAUUACUAACUUACAGGAAAAGAUGUCGUGCACUCGGGAUUCCUGACAAAAUAGGUCGUUGUUUAAAUAUGGAACCAUUGUCUCCUGUUUCAGAGGAGAAUGACCGGACUAUCAGGAAUUUCCCCACUACAGUGCAACGGUCAAAUACUAAAAUUAGGAAAGAAACAGUUGACCAAAAUGGCGGUAUCUGGAUCCCUGUCGAGACCCCUUUUAUUUAUGAGUUGUUUGAAGAGAGAUGUGAUUACAUUCAGGAGUCAUCGUUGGCCAACUUCAUACGUGCUCAAGCUAUUAUAUCACAGAGACUGGGUUUCGAAGGACAUGAUGAUGAAAUCUCAAGUCUAGAUACUACAUCAUCAAUCCAGACUCACUCAGAGGUUACAAUUAUCCAUAACCAAGAAGUAAAAGUCAGAGAGUCACCCAGAGCUUCUGAACAGCUUAAUAACUUAGAUAGCGACUCAAGCAAAAUAAGAAUACAAGCAAGCCCUUCCAAGUGUUUGGAGAUUCUGGAUGAACCGGUUACUCCUAGUAGUUCUGCUCUUGUAAGCGAUUCGGAAACAUUGGCUUCUCCACACUUCACUCAGAGCCUUAAUUCAAGUCCUGCAUUAAGUCUUGCGGAAACUCAAUCACCAUCCUUAAAAGCCGUUAAUCUAAGCCGAAAGCAUAAUCAUACAAAGAGGAAAAUACAUACUCCUGCUGCUGUUUAUCAAAACCAAGUGGGAGAGUUCACUUCAGCUCUCAGUCCCUCAAUGUCUACCAAUCUCAAUAAUGAUGAACUUACAGAUGCAUCUCAGUCAUCAGUUUAUGUGGCCCGACGAUGGAGAAGAUCUCUUUUAUCAGCACUUUCUACAGUGUACAGCCAUCGUCACGCUUAUGUAUUUAUGCAUCCUGUAACUGAAGAUAUAGCUCCCGGGUACAGUACUGUUGUUUAUGAGCCAGUGGACUUAACGUCUCUUAGGCGCCGUAUGGAAUCCUCACUCAGUUACUUGAUUGGUUCUCAGCAGCCUUCCGCUUUAAAUCCAUCUGUUUCUUCUUAUCGGGUUAUCAUCGAGAUCGCAAGGCGUUUCAUUCGUGAUCUUUUGCUAAUGUUUAUGAAUGCAAGAAUGUACAAUAGUCAAAGUCACGAAGUCCAUCGAAUGGCUGGGGAGAUGUAUCAUGAUGUAAUUGGUGAACUUCAACCUCUUUGGUCUAUUAUGGCUGAGGACAUUCCAGGAUUCCCAUCUUUGCCUUUCUUGAAUUUACCUCCUCCACAGACUACGCGAUCCUUACAGCAACCUACUGUAGUGUCGACUGCCUCAACUACUAGUCCCUCACAUCCUGCUUCAUGUAUGCUUAAAGAUGAGGAGUCGAGUGCUAACAAACAGUCUUUUAGUUUUUUUAUGAGGCAAAACAAACGUCCUGCUCUUGAAGGUUCGUCUCCUUCUAGUCCACUGCCCCGUAAAUGUCGUCAUUCAUCUGGAAGUGAUUCUGUAGUCGGAGCUAUUACAACGAGAUCUAAAUAAAGUUAUUGCGUUGUUAAUAACAUUUUGUAUCUAAAGUAUUAAAGUUAUUGUAAAAUAUAAUAUUAUUUCGUAGCUGGUUUUAUUGUCUAUUCGUGUUUUAAUCUUACAGUUACGUGAAAACUUUAUAUGUUUCAUCUUCUAGAAUUUAUGAAUGCCUUUUAAGCUUAAAGCCAUAUCCAAUUUCGAUGUGACAAAAGAUGAACGCGAUGGGAAGGUUCGCGAUGUAUGUGAUCAUGCUGUUUGGAGCCUUUCUUCAUGUAAACCAGGUCAUGGUAUCGACCAAUUGCUGAGUGAAUCUACUGAUACAUUUUGGCAAUCAGAUGGCCCACAACCACAUUGUGUUAAUAUCCAGUUUCCCCGAAAAAUGGUUCUUUCAAAAUUAUGUUUAUACACUGAUUACAAAGUUGAUGAAAGUUAUACACCUAGUAGGUUGGCCAUACGAGUUGGGAAUACUAUACACGAUCUUAUCGAACUUCUAGAGGUCGAACUACAGGAACCUACUGGGUGGUCAGUGAUUCCACUAAACUGGCCUGAUGGAUCUCCGUUACGGACCUUCCUUUUACAGAUUGCCAUUUCAGCUAACCAUCAGAAUGGUCGCGACACACAUCUGCGUGCCAUCCGACUUCACAGUCCUGUGGAGUGUCGUGGCUUAAACACUUUAGCGCCUUUUGUGAGUCGCGAAGGUCGUGCUUUUAUGACUAUUCGUUAGUUUUUACUGUUUCUUCUAUCUCUUAAUUAUAAUUAAGUUAUGUUGUUCACUGCAUUUCAAAUCAUUUGCAAUCAUAGGUUAUUAGUUAUACCUAGUUACUUUGGUUAAUUUUGUGGUUUCGGCUGUCAUAUUUGUGCACUUCACUGUAUUAGUUUACAGUAGAUUAUUUGUUGAAUAUCUUAUAUUUGUUGAAGAUUUAACCACAUUGGUUUAUAACUAUUUAACCAUUAUGGUGAAGUAAUUAAAUAAUUUCUUCCACCUUUCAUUUCUGAAAGUUCAAUUUUUUAAUCUUCGUCUCAUUUAACAGUAUAUGACAAAUAUCACCCAGCACUUUCACGCCGAAAUUAUCUCAUAUGUGCGUAGAAUUAAGAGUAUAUUAAUUUCAUCUACGAAACUGGGUCUUUUAUUAGUUAAUGAGUUGAUCUUUCUUUGAUGCAUUGUACAGGUUUUGGAACUUUCUCCUUUUUGUUUUUUCGCUUAUGAAAAAACAGGCUCAUUCCCAACACUCCUUUCGAGUCUUAAGUUAGCCGUUAGUUACCUUUUAUCCAGAGAUCUUUCGUUAGAAGUAUUGGGUAUCACACAUAACAAAGACCAUCCUUUGGGAAUAAUUCGCUACCAGCUGUUAUGACUUGUGACCUGUAAAUUAUCACGCCAUAAGUUCGCCAAUCAGAACACGAUUUAUACAAUCUUAAUACUGUGUCAAACCAAUGGCGUGUUGACCGGUACGAGAGGUCCUUAUUAAACUAGACUUUAAGUUAUCUUACAUGAACGAAAACAAUUAAGAUUCAAUUCAAGUGAUUUUGAUAAAGUGUCAACGACACACGUCACACAGAUUGACUGAACAACUAACAUUCACUACAAAGUGAGGAAUGACGGUUUCGAAGAUAAUCCAAUAACACGUAACACGUGUACAAAUACCCUCAAACCAACUCAUCCUCCAUACCAUAUCCAUAAUUUAAAUCUGUGUAAAUCCGUUGCAGUCUGACUGAUUUAUAGGAUAAGAUGUCUCACCAAUGCUACAUCCUAUCAAUCCUAUGGAAUUCAUGAGUACACAGGUUAAUCUAAUAGUCGGAUCCGUUUGAUGAGCCAACGUACUUAAACGAUAUACCACCAACCAAACACAAUCUAGUUGGUCUAUCAUACACCAUUUUGUCAAACAAGUGUUUGAAUAUGUAAAUUCUGUUAUGACUUUUGUCCUGUUAAUUAUCACGUGGCGAAAUCGCCGAUCCGAACACCGACUUACAUGACCCUGUUCUUUUGCUAAACUAAUGACACGUCAAAACAGCACUAGCAGACUUCUGUCAACUCUGAACUCUUAUUGGUCCUUCUCGACCAGCACUGUCCGUUGAGUCCAGAAAGCGAUCUCAGCCUCCACGGUAUGAACAAUAUAUUUCAGACACACGAAGUUUAUGUACAGGCAAACCAGACCACAUAAUACUAUGAAUUAAAAAAUGACAAUUAUGCAGAAUCAAGUUGAGAAGUGGUUGUAAUUGUGAGGGACUGUAACUGAUGAAUUGGAGAAUAUCUUAAGAAUGGUAAAUCAUACGACAUUAGUCAAUAUGUCUGUUAUAACUUGUGGCCGAGUGGACGCCCAGUUAAUGUAUAACGUGAUAAGACCGCCAAACAGAGAGUAGCGAAUUAUCGAUUGGAACAGUGACACACGAAAAGCGUACGAGCAGUCUAUAGUACUAUUGGUCCUGCUUCUACCUAGCCCAGCCAUUUAAGUCCAGAACAAUUGCGGUAUGAAUCAUUAUAUUUCAAACAUACUGAGUUUAUAUACCAAUCAAAAUGACCACAUCGUACGAUAA